AUGGGGGCUGGAUGGGAGGCGUCGCUGCUGUCUUCUUCCUCUUGCUGCUCAGAGAUCUCCUCUCCCUCACACAGCAGCGAUGAAGACAAUGCUGCUGCUCCUCCUGCUGCUGCUGCUCCUGCUGCUGCUGCUGCUGCUGCCCCACCUGCAGCAAAUCUGCAGCAGCGGCAACAACAGCAGCAACAGCCGCAACACCAGCAUUUGCAGAAUCAGCAGCAACAGCUGUUGCAUGGGCAGCACGUACAGCUGCUGCAGCAGCAACAGCAGCAGCAACAGCAGCAGCAACAGCAGCAACAGCAGCAGCCCUCUAUCCGCCCGAAGGAAUCAAAAAGGGGGAGGGGUGCAUCAGGCCGUGGCAGAGGUAGGCCGAAGGCAGGUUCGGGCAGCAGCAGCAGCAGCAGCAGCAGCAGCAGCAGCAAUAGCAGCAACAGCAGCAACGCCAGCAGCAGCAGUAGUAGCAGAGCAGACAGCGGAAUUCAGAGCCCAGCAGAGGGGGCAGAUGUUGCUGCUGCUCCCUCGCUGCAGCAGCAACAGCAACAACAACAGCAGCAGCUGCUGCUGCAGCAAAAGCUGCACCAACAACAACUGCAACAGCAACAGUUUGACAGAGUGCAGCAGCAACAGCAGCAGCGCCCGGUGCAACAGGAGCAGCAACAGCAGCAGCAGCAGCAGCACAUUUUCCCAAACGUGUGCUCCCAGGAGCAGCAGCGGCUGGAUCCAGGUGUACAGGCUCCCGCAGCAGCAGCUGCUGCUGGUGCAGUUGCUGCUGUUCCUGAGGGAUAUGCAGCAACAGCAGCAGCAGGCGCAGCUGCUGCGACUGGGGGUAUUCAGGAACUACAGCCGCAGCAGCAGCAGCAGCAGCAGCAGCAGCAGGCCGUUGAGCACCAGCAAGAAACGCAGAGCCAGCAGCUGCAGCAGGCUCACCCGCAUCAGCAGCAGCAGCAGCAGCAUGACGCAUCUCCAGAGGCAACUACUGCAUUAACAUUUUCUGCCGAUAAUCCAAUUGCUGCUGCUGCUGCUGUUGCUGCUGCUAGUGCAGCAGCAGCAACGAAGACAGAAAGGCAAGAGGAAGCGCAGGACGCAGCAGCAGCAGCAGAAACAGCAGCCGCUGCUGCUGUUCCGCUAAAACCGCAACCGCCAGCACUAUCUAUGGAAGGGGGAGCAGCAGCAGCAGCAGCAGCACAAGCAGCAGCAGCAGCACAAGCAGCAGCAGCAGCACAAGCAGCAGCAGCAGCACAAGCAGCAGCAGCACAAGCAGCAGCAGAAGCAGAAGCAAAAGCUGCUGCAGCAGAAGCAGAAGCAAAAGCUGCUGCAGCAGAAGCAGCAGCUGCUAUGGCAAAUCCUCCUACAUUAAGGGAGCUUGUAGAUCUUGUUGCUGCUGUAGCAACAGACAGCAGCAGCAGCAGCAGCAGCAGCAGCAGCUGGUACUGCCCAGAGAAUCUACGGCUUAGCGAGAGAGGCAAUCGUUACUUCUUUGUGCGGCAGCCACCGCAUGCAGCAGCAGCAGCAGCAAAACAGCUUGCUGAGCUGCUGCUGUCGCACCCUGGUGGUCUAUUUGAUAUAUUUGAGCCUUGUCCUCAGCAGCAGCAGCAGCAACAGCAGCAACAGCAGCAGCAGCAACAGCAGCAGCAGCAGUUGAAGAUGCAGACGAAGGAGGAAGAUCAGCAGCAGCAGCAGCAGCAGCAGUACUGCAGCACAAGUGUUAAGAGCGAACCCCAUGACAGCUCAGAUGGUGCAUGCGCUGCAGCAGCAGCAGCUCCGCAGAAGCGGCCGCUGCUGCAGGAGCAGCAGCACGAAGUGGAGCAGCAGCAGCAGCAGCAGCAGGUACCAGCAGCACAUUUUGAAGGGCUUUCAGGUGUACAGGCAGCUCGCGCUCGUUCGCUGCUGCUGCGUGGACGCGGGAGCUGCAUACGGCUGCAGCUGCUGCAUGCGCUGCAGCUGCUGCUGCGCACCGAAGCAGUGGUGCUGCAGGUGCUGAGCAGCCGCUGCCAAUUCUGCAGCAACAGCAGCAGCAACAGCAGCAGCAACAGCAGCAGCCAUAACCUGGUGCUUCUUCCGGAGACCCCACAGCCGCAGCAGGAGACAGCACUGUGGCUGCUGCACCAGCUGCUGCAUGUGAACUACGGAUCGAGCAGCAGCAGCAGCAACAGCAGCAGCAACAGCAGCAACAGCAGCAGCAACGCGACUCGGGGUAUUCUUUGGAGCGAGGAAGACAAUCAAUUUGCUGUCCUUGCUGUGAGGUGUCUAGGCAGCAGAUGGCGUCAGCAGCUGCUUGCGCGCAUGCAAAGCAGCAACAGCAGCAGCAGCAACAGCAGCAGUAGCAACAGCAGCAGCAACAACAGCAGCAACAGAGACGCCGAGCCGCCCCGCAAGAGGCUGGCCUUCGAACGAUUGCUGCGUGUAUCUCCUGCUGGUGCAGCGGCAGCAGCACGACCUGCUACUACAGCAGCAGAAGCAGCAGCAGCAGACGCAGCAGCAGCUGCUGCUUCUCCCUGUGUUGCAGUGCAGCAGGUGGGGCGCGCGCUCUUGCUGCGGCGGUUUCAUCCUUCCUGCUGCACUGUGCUGCGGCUCUAUCCUGCUGCAGCAGCAGCAGAAGCAGACGGCGGCUGCGCUGCAGCAGCAGCAUCAACAGCAGCGCCAGCAGAUGCACCAGCGGGGUCGUCCGCUGCUGCUCGCAGGGGAGGGCGCAGAGGCCGCGGUGGCAGGCCUGCAGGGCAGCAGCAGCAGCAACAGCACCAGCAGCAGCAACAGCACCAGCACGUGCAGCAGCUGCUGCGCCGCCUGAAGCCGCAGCUGUUCCCAGGUCUUCUACUGCAGGUUGACGGCCAAUUGCCGUCUCCUCUGCAGCAGCAGUUGCUGCGGCUGCAAGAAGAAUCUGCUGCAGCUGAGCGACUGCGUUCUGGUGGGUCGGGUCCCCUUGCUGCUGCUGUUGCUGUUGCUGCUGCUGUUGCUGCUGCUGUUGUUGCUGUUGCUGCUGUGAUUGAGUAA